CAUGGCAUGACGUAGAGGAAGCACAGAGACGCCAUUAGUAGGGUGAGAGAAAAGCGAUCGAAGGCUGGGUGAAAGCAAGCUGGCUGUCAUUUAGAGUCUUGUAUAGGUUUAGCAUUUACCAUUAAUCGAUACACUCCUGAGGUUAAUUCCCUUCCUUGAUUUCGCUCGGAGACAUAGUUAUCUAAUGUGACUGGCGGAAGGCACUUGUACGGGGCUACUUCUAUUCAUAUAGGAAGGAUUUCUUCGCUACCAUGGCGUCUGGUGGAGCUGGAGGAAACAAAACCUACUCUUUCAAGGUGGUUCUGUUGGGAGAGGGCUGCGUCGGCAAGACUUCACUUGUGUUAAGAUACUGUGAAAAUAAAUUCAACGACAAACACAUUACCACUCUUCAGGCAUCGUUCCUCACAAAGAAGCUGAACAUCACAGGGAAAAGGGUAAACCUGGCCAUCUGGGACACAGCAGGUCAGGAGAGGUUCCACGCCUUAGGACCCAUCUACUACAGAGACUCCAAUGGAGCCAUACUAGUCUACGACAUCACAGACGAGGACUCCUUCCAGAAGGUGAAAAACUGGGUCAAAGAACUAAGGAAAAUGUUGGGGAAUGAAAUUUGUUUAUGUAUAGUAGGAAACAAAAUAGACCUGGAGAAGGACAGGCAUGUGUCAGUGGAGGAGGCAGAGGGGUACGCAGAGUCAGUCGGGGCAAAACACUAUCACUCGUCAGCCAAACUAAACAAAGGAAUCGAAGAGCUAUUCCUCGACCUGUGUAAAAGGAUGAUGGAGACCGCCCAGGCGGAGGAGAGGGCAAAGGGGAACGGUGCCAGCCACUCCUCCACAUCUCGGAGGGGUGUACAGAUCGUGGAUGACGAGCCCCAGGCCUCCGCCGCAGGGGGUUGCUGCUCCUCCGCUUAACCCACUACAGCCAUCCUGGACCCCCCUUCCCCCCUUUUCUCUUCUAGCCCCUGCAUCCAUGUCCCCAAGACACCCAGGACUGUGACUUCCUCCCAGCCCUCGGCCCUAGCCCCAGUCCUCUCCGUGUGUCCAUAAAGACUGCUGUUCUUCAUGUGCGCUCAUGCCCCUCUCCUACUCCUCUCUGUCUGAAAGGGUGCUCAGUACCUCCUCUUCCUGCCCCACACCCCUAUAGGGACAUCUGACUGCUGUCUUGGAAAGUUAAAGAGAAAUUGAUUUCUUCUUUCUCCACACCACGUGCUACUGGACUUCUUUUAACUCUGGCCUCGCCUGAACAUGUCUCCCAGACACACACACAUACUGUACACACAUACUAUACACACACACACUGUACACACAAACACACCAUACACCCUCAAGCUGUCAUACGCUGAUUUCUAUGACAUUUCUUGACAAAAAUAACGUGCAUGUCGGUUUGAUUUAUGUAAAUGCUUCAUUUGUUUUACUUUAGAAUAAAAAUAUAAAAUCUUUAUUAUUUAAUAACUUAAAGUGCACAUGUCGUAUGGAAAUCUGUACAUGUCCAAAUCUCCUUUGUACUACAUUUGCAGUAAGCUCUUUUGACAGCUAUGUCUCCCUCCUUGGUCACUCUCUCUCUCUUUGACCUAAAAAAUGUGUCUUUGAUUAAUGCAGUUUUGCACUGGCCCGGCACACUCGAUGCUUUUGGUAUAAUAUUGUACUUCUCUCUCUUUGCCGAGUCGUUCUGUUAAACGACAAAAAAAAACGUCAAAAAAGAAAAGAACAUUGUGUAAAACAUAAGAUUUGAUCUGCUUUCCAGGCUGUGGGGAAACGUGCGCAGGUGUACGAGUGUACAGACGUCUUGUUGAUGAUUGUAAAAUUAAGAUAACAGUUGUGGGUGAAAGCACACUUUUUCGGAAUUGUAAUUUUUUAACUGCUAGUGUCAAGUGUUUUGUAAUAGAACAAUUAUAACAAUUUACAACGCA